CAGCAGCGCAAGCUCUCCUACUACUACUAGUACAGUAGUACUUAUCCUUUGUUCGCAAUCUACCCGGGGGCAACCGCUUGCGGAGUAUAAUAUUGGCAACUCGUCCUCUAUUAUUUCCUGGACCAACAGUAAUAGUAACUACUCCUAUGUCGCAAAUUAUUUAGAUGGAGUUAGAUUAUCCAGGGUUAUCCUGUUCAGACAAAUCACUUCUUCUACGAGCCUCGCAUGUGGCCUAAUCUGUGAUGACUUGGACACUACAUGCCUCUUCGGUGUCCUUUUUUACAACUCGACUGAACAGUACGAGUAUCUAAUUUGGUCUGCUAUCCAGAAGCGAACUGUGACAGUAAAUGCAAGCGUGGAACUGAGGCGAGAUGGAGGGUUGUUUCUGAUGGAGUCUGAUGGAUCCCUGGUUUGGUCCACGCACACCAAUACCAAUGUCUCCGGUUUGAAAUUGACGGAGAAUGGAAAUCUUGUCAUUUUUGGACAAAAUAAUAAUCAAACCAUUUGGCAGUCUUUUGAUUAUCCACUGGACAUUAUACCACCUUGGCAAGGGCAAAUAAAAAAUCUGAGGCCAAUGGAGCUUAUCAGAGGCAGCAUAUCAACUUCAAACUAUGGACAAGAUUGGGUUCCAUUAUCUGUAGUUCUCCUGUUCCGUGAAAUCAACAUUAAUGAUUAUGGUGGGAUGUAUGCGUGUGGCUUAAUCUGUUAUAACUUAGGCACUACCUGCCUCUUCGGUGUCCUCUUACUCCAUCAACGCCUUGAUCUCCAGGAUAAUAUGGAUCCGGAUAUACCCAAUGAAUUAAACUUGGAUUACCAGAGUCUAGUUUGGUCUGCUAACCGGAACCAUCCUGUCACAGUAAAUGCAAGCGUGGAACUGAGGCCAGAUGGAGGGUUGUUGUUGAUGGACUCUAAUGGAACAGUGGUUGAGUGGCCAGUUUGA